GCGCGGACGCUGUGUCCUUGCGCGCUCCGCCGGGGUGCGGCGCAUGCGCAGUGUCCGUGUCGCCCCUCGGCAUGAGGGAAGAUGGCGCUGUGCUGCCGCCGCGCUGCGCUGGGGCGGCCCGUGCCGAGGCGGCGGCCCCGCGCCCGGCGUGCGCCGGAGGCCGCGAUCCUGGGGCGGCCCUACGGGGCGGCGGCAGCAGCCGGCGACGAGGCGGCGGGCGGGGAGGAGCUGCUGGAGGUGUGUCGGCGGCGGCACUUCCUGCGGGGCGGCGCGGAGGCGCUGCCGUGGCGCGAUUACCUCAGCGGCUGCGCGCCGGGGCUCGGGCCGCUGGGCGCGGCGCUGCGGGACAACCUGGCGGCCCGGUGGCGGCACUGGGCGCUGGCGUUCCGCGAGCAGGUGCUGGCGGUGGAUGCUCCGCUCCACGGCCCGCCCGGCCCCGGCGCCGCCCUCCGCCUGCUGCAUUCGGAGACGCUGCGCGCAGCCCUCCGGGGCGCGGCCUGCGGCCAGGAGCCGGGCGCUCCGCCUCUGGAAGAAGUGCUAAAGAGUGCGGGGAUGCUUCGCCAGAGCCUCCUUCCCGGUGCUUUGGAGCAAUAUGCUAGCUGCUUGGAAAUGGUGAACAAAAGAUUGCCCUGUGGCCUUGCUCAAAUUGGAGUGUGCUUUCACUCUAUUCCAGAAAGUGAACAACACAACCACCACCUCAGAAGAAUAGGCGAAAGGACGGCAUCUUUGCUUGCAUGGUUUAGUUCUCCCAGAACUGCAGGGCAGUGGCUUGACUACUGGUUACGCCAGAGGCUGCAAUGGUGGAGAAAGUUUGCAGUAGGCCCAUCCAACUUCAGCAGCAGUGACUUCCAGGAUGAAGAAGGAAGACGAGGAUUUAAUUUACAUUACAGAUUUCCUUGGGGGACAGAAACAAUAGAAACAUUGAAGAACCUUGGUGAUACUGAGUUGUUACAGAUGUAUCCAGGGGACAAGUCAAAGUUACUUGGUCGAGAUGGAAGGAAGAAUGUUAUUCCUCAUGUUCUGUCUGUGAGUGGAGAUCUGGACCGAGGAGUAUUAGCCUAUCUCUUUGAUUCUCUACAGCUGGCUGAAAAUCCAUUAACAAAACAGAAAAACUCUCAGAGAAAGGUACUUAAGCUUCAUCCUUGUUUAGCUCCUAUUAAAGUGGCCUUGGAUGUAGGAAAAGGUCCAACACCAGAGCUGAGACAGGUUUGUCAAGGAUUGUUCAAUGAACUGUCAGAAAACAGAAUUUCCGUGUGGCCAGGUUAUCUUGAAACCAUGCAGAUGUCUCUGGAACAGCUUUAUACAAAGUAUGAUGAGAUGGGUGUUCUCUUCAUGGUCGUGAUAAAUGAUGCCACUCUAGAGAAUGGGAUGGUCCAGCUGAGAAGCAGAGACACCACCAUGAAGGAAAUGAUGCACAUUUCGAGGCUGAAAGACUUUUUAAUUAACAUUCAUGGGCCUCACCAGAGCUGUUGUCACUGUCCCUGCAGGCCACGUGUGGAACACUGACCAGCACUGCCAUGGGCAGCGGUGCAGAGCACUGAGCUAGUACAGCAGAGCAGUAGAAUUCUGCCUAUCUGCUAUGUGAACAAGAAGGCAAGUUUUUAUUUUUGGAGAGAAUUAUUUCCUUUUUGAUAUUUAGAAGCAGGAAACGUAAUACCGUUGCUGUUGGUUU